AUGGCGAGUCCAAGCACGAAGAUUCUGGUCUUUGGUGCCACGGGGGUCAUCGGCAAAGUAUUGAUAAAAUCUUUGCUCAAUGCCGGUGGUGUUUUUGAUAAGAUCGGACUGUUCACUUCGUCGAAGACAGCGACGGAAAAAGCAGGAACCAUAGAUGCACUUAAAUCCCGGGGGGUUAACGUCUUUGUGGGAGAUGUCGACAAUGAUGAUGAUGUCUUGGAAGCUUACAAAGGAUUUGAUACAAUCGUUUCAGCUGUUGGCAGGAAUGCCAUAGCUAAGCAAAUCCGUCUUAUAAGACUUGCCGAAACGUCAUCCAACAUAAUCCGCUUCUUUCCGUCGGAAUACGGCACGGACAUUGCAUAUGACGAAACUUCAGCAAAUGAGUUGACGCAUCAGCAAAAGCUCAAGGUUAGGGAAUUCUUGGAAUCCGAUCCUUCCAGAAGGCUGAAGUACACGUAUCUUGUCACGGGCCCUUUUGCAGACCUGUACGUGGGCUAUAGACCUGCGGAGAAGCAAGCGGGGAGCUUUGAUGUUGGGAAUAGAGAGGCAACGCUUCUUGGAGAUGGCAACGGGAAGAUCAGUCUUACAACUAUGGCGGAUGUCGGCCGGCUCCUUGUUGGAGCGUUGAAACAUCCUGAUUUUAGCGACAACAAGGCCCUUAUAGUAAACUCAUUCACGACUACACCGAACGCUAUCCUCUCGGAGAUAGAAAGGCAGACUGAGAGUAAGUGGUCGGUUGGUUAUACUUCACUAAACAAGCUACGGGAGUACGAGACUCAGGCAUGGGAGGAAAAGAAACCAUCUGCAAGUCUUUACACACUGAGGAGAAUCUGGACCGAGGGAAGGACGUUGUAUGAAAGUAGGGACAAUGAGAAAAUUGGGGUAGAUAAAACGGACACUCUGGAGAUGGUCGUCCAGGAGGUCGUUAGGACUGAUGUGCAGGCAUUCUAG